AUGCCACAGGGACAUAAUACGAUAAAUUCUCGUUUGAUACGGUUAGGUGGGGGCUUUUCGGCCUUUUUGUCCCAUCCUGAUUUAAUUUCUCAGGGUCCGACCAUGAAUCGGCACAACAAAGGCAUAAGCAAAAUUUCUGCGGUAAUGAAAUUAGGUAAGAUAUUGAUUUUUUUUUUUGAUUUUUUGAAAAGUUACAUUUUCUUUUUUUUUUCAUUUCUAUUUGCAAGUAUAUAUUCCGAUUGCAUUGAAAGGGAAUAGUAAAACUUUCUAAAAUUUGGAUAGAUUUCGAAAGAAAACUUUUUUUCACUCUCAAAACAAGAAGCUUGAUUAAAAAUCAAAAUGUGAACUGAUUCAGCAAAUAAAUAUGCUGUGCGUAUUCAAACUAAACAAGAUUUGCUGAGGCAAAUUUUUUGUAUUUUCCUCGAAUUUUUUAAAACUUUCAGCACGUGUAAAUAUAAUGCUCUAUCUUUUCUCCCACGGUUUCUCUAUGAACAGUUUCGUCGUUACAACAACAUUUUCUUCCUUGUAAUUGCGUUGCUUCAGGUAUUUUAUCAACUCUAUCAUUCAUUUUAUCGUUUUUUUUUUCACAGCAAAUCCCAGAUGUCAGUCCGACAGGGCGAUACACUACGGCUGUACCUUUUUUGAUCAUUUUAUCGGUAUCAGCGCUGAAGGAAAUCUUCGAAGACUUGGUUUGUGAUCAAUUUGUUGAAAUGAACGAACUUAAUUUAGAUUUCUGUAUUAAUAGAAAUGAGUUUCAUUCUCAUUUUAAGCUUUUUUUGAGGUAUUUUUUUCUGAAAAAAUACUUUUUAAUUGUUUUAAAUUCGCAGUAGCUUGGUAAAAAAACUAAAAUUUUAAGAUGAUUAUCUAAGUAAAACAUCUCUGAAAAACUCCAAUUUUCUCGAUAUAUUUUUAUUUUUUUCUUUUUUUCUUUUUUUCUGAAUUUCAUCGAUUACCGCGCGAAAGAUGUUUUUCGCACGUUUUGAAAUGACUUUCAUGUUCGUUUCAUACUAGAGAUAAGGAUUUCGUUGGAUUUUUUUUAGAAUUUCUUAUUCUUUUUUUCUGGUUUUAAUCGUUCAGAGCGCUUUUUUGCAUGAUGCAUAUUUUCAGAAGAGAAGAAGGUCGGACAGUAAAGUGAAUAGUUUCCCUGUCGAGUUGCUGGAAAAUGGAUCAUGGGCGAAAAAAGAAUGGCGUCAGGUUAACAAUUUCCUUUUUCACGCUUUUAUCAUGAAUAUAAAGGCUUUUUCAUAUUGAAUCAAAAAAAAGUUAGGAAUGUUUUCAUUGUUUCAUCUUUCUAUCAAGUUAAAUUCUGUCUACACAUUUUUUUUCUAAACAACUUCGCGAAUUCGUGGUCGCGGAUCGAUUUCAAAAUUUGGCGGUUUAUAGACCUAGGUAAGGGCACUUGAAAACAGGAAAUAUUAUUUGCGAGACCCAAUAAAGGAUCUAGAAUAAGAUUGUUGAAAAUUGAAAUUUUAGGCUUGCACUAUCAGAUUUCUUGGCUGGAAAAAAGUUUCAGUGAUUAUCUUAGCUGGAUCAUUCAAGGCAAUUUUAUCGGAAUAUAUACAAUGAGGUAAAAAACAGUAUUCUGAAAAUUUUCAAGCUGAAUUUGCAAAUUAUCUACGAAUUUUUUCUCUGUUAAUUAAUUGGGUUCAGCAAAUAUUCUUUUUUUUUCAAGUGUUCGGUUAUUAGAUUCAUAAACCAAAAAGUUGUGAACUUGGUUUAUAACAUUGUUCGAAGGAAUUUUCCAAUGUUAGAUUGAAAGAAAUUGGAUAAUGCUGAAUACCAGAAGGUUCCUCAAUGACGUGUCCAAAGGUAAUUUACGCGAAAUUUUUUGUCUGACUCUCAAAAAUUCAGUUAUUUUUUUUCCUCUGACGGCUAUUUUGAAUUUCGCGGAAUUACUUUGAAUACGACACAAGAAAAAUAAAACGAGAAUGCUUUCGUUGAUCGUUGUUCUCUUCUGUUGAGUUAUUUUGUAUCUCUAUUUCACGUCUCAAGUGAAUUACGCUAUUGCGACCCACUGACCGCGUGGAACAGUGGAUAGCACUCUGAUCCGGCGGAGACUGGGUCCUUGAUUCAAUCUCUUUCCCAAUUGGCGCCAAUUUCAAUUUUUUUUUUUGUUCAUUUCAAACAUUCCGUUAAGAGGACGUGAGCUACUCUUUCGAUCGAAAUAAUUUAUUUGAGAAACCGUUUGUUAAUUUCCCCGUAAAUUUCAGGUAAAAGUUGGCGAUUUCAUUCGAGUGGCGAACGAGGAAAUGUUUCCCGCCGAUUUGUUGAUCAUUUCGUCGAGUGAGCAACAAGGCGUCGCCUACAUCGAAACUUCAAAUCUCGACGGGGAAACGAAUCUCAAAAUUAAGCAGGUUUUAAACUUUUCUCAUUUUUUUUUUCAUUUUCCGGAGUUUCAGGCACUGGAAUUGACGGCGAACGUGACGUCAUCCGAAGAGUUGUCCCGGUUCCAAGGCGAAAUCGAGUGUGAGCCGCCUUCCCGGCAUGUUAAUGAAUUCAAUGGAAAUCUCAAGUUUGGCGAAGAGACACGGCAUUUCGGUACAUUUUAACUUCUUGAUAAGCCCUUUUUGGUCUGUAGAAUCACAGGGGUGACUUACUUUUUGCACGACUUCAAGUCCUCGUAUUUCAUAUUCGAAAGUAUUUCAGAGAAAGUUUUUUCCGAAUAAUCUUUGGGUCGUAGUUAGAGCCUCAAGCAUAUUGUGACUCUUAUUGACCACUGGAUUUGGUGCAUAUUUUGUCGUAUUUUCGCAAAAUGUAUAACCUGAUCCAAUGUUCUUUUUCCGGUGUUCAGAAGGUUUUUCUUGUACAUGCUGAAGACUGAGUUAUCAACGGCAACAAGUCUUUUGCACUCGGGAAAAAUUGACUAUACGAACUUGUCUGAGCUUUGUAAACAAGCUUAAAGUCAAAAAGCUUAAAAAGCUCAAACUCAAGUUCGUAUAGUAAUUCGACCGCCAGCGACUAUUUGGAGAGCUCGUUGAUCGAUCUUUUCACUUCUCAGUUUUUUUUUUUAGUGCAUUGAAAACAGUAGGAUAGAAGCAAAAAGAGCCGGACCAAGCUUUUUAAAUAGUCUUUGACGCUUGAAUUGAAUUCGUGACGAGAACCGCGUCCACUUCUCCGCCUCCCUUGCUUUUCAAAUCGACAAGGAUUUUGCCUCUAAGAUGGUUUUAAGUCCCUCCAAUAAUUACGCCCGAUCUGUAGGUAGAAAGCCAACCUCAGGAUGUUUUGACACGAUGUCGUUUUGUUUUAAAGGCACAAAGACGUAUUAUAAAAAAACUAUUUUUUUCAAUCAUAUUUUUCUAAUUUUUUCUUCAUUGCGUAUUUUCAUUGUGAAAAAAAUAGCCGCUUCUCCACUAUCCAAAAUAAAAAAUUUUUUUCCGAUGUUUUGUUAAUUCAAUCUUUUUUCAGGCAUCGAUCAGCUUUUGCUGCGUGGCGCUCGAUUGAAAAAUACAUCCUGGAUUUUCGGAGCCGUCAUUUACACGGGACACGAUGCCAAAUUGCUGAUGAACUCGAAAGUUGCACCCUUGAAAAGGCAAUCGAAAGAUUAAAUAGUCUUUCAUCAGAGUUCUCCUUGUUUCAGUGGAACAAUCGACGUGAAAACGAAUUAUCGUAUUAUUUUCCUAUUCUUUGUACUCGUUGCCUUGGCGUUGAUUUCGGCCGCCGGAUCGGAAAUCUGGCGUUCCAACAAUAUUCCGCAGGCUUGGUACCUCUCUUUCCUGCGUGAGAAACCACUUGAUAAAAACUGAAAAAAAGUUGUUGAAUUGCAGAAAGUGAUUCGCGUGGCUCGUUCCUCUGGGGCGUCUUGACUUUCUUCAUUUUGUACAAUAACUUGAUCCCCAUUUCGCUGCAAGUCACCCUCGAAAUUGUCAGAUUCUUCCAGGUAACCUUCUUCAUUCCUUUUUCUUUGUCUUCUCCUUCAAAAAUUUAAAAAUAGGUUCCUCUAAGGACCAUUCAAAAAAAAACAAUCCAACUUCCUUUUUGUUUUUUUUUGAUUUUUUCUACUACAAACAUAAUUAACCUGAAAUGCUCUAAAAUGUUCAAGAAACUCGCCUUUAGGCAGGUUACAUCAACAACGACAUUGAAAUGUACGAUGUGAACAGCGAUUCUUGUGCCGUGGCGCGGACCUCGAACUUGAACGAAGAGCUCGGAAUGGUUUCACCGGCAUUUGAUCUCUAACUCAAUCUUUCUUGUUUUCUAAUUAGGUGAAAUUUGUGAUGAGUGACAAGACGGGCACGUUGACGCGCAACGUGAUGAAGUUCAAAAGGAUCUCGGUGGCUGGAAAGAACUACGGGGACAACGAAUCCGACGAGUUCAACGACGACUCCCUGCUCGAAGACGCCAAGAACAAGGCCUCCGACGGCGUCAACCAUAUCGUCGAGCUUCUGACGAUGAUGGCCGUCUGUCAUACGGUCGUUCCGGAGCACAAAGACGGCGAGGUCCUAUUAUAGUCCUUCGCUAGAGAGAACUGGAACUCUGAUUUCGAGAUGUCCAGUCAUUUGAAAUGAGCGGAAAAAAAAAAAAAGAUCAUUUUUGUUGCAGAUAAUAUAUCAAGCGUCAUCACCGGAUGAAGGAGCAUUGGUCCGUGGCGCGGCAUCGCAAAAAGUAGUUUUUCACACUCGUCAACCCCAGAAAGUGGUCAUCGAUCUGGUAGCAGCACCUCAAAGUCUAAAUAUUUUUAUGCUUCCAAUAGUUGGGAAAAGACGAACCAAUCGAGCUUCUGGACGUCAUCGACUUCACGUCGGACCGAAAGAGAAUGAGCGUCAUCGUGCGCGAUUCGAAGCAUAAAAUCAAGCUUUACACGAAAGGAGCUGUAAGAACCGGAAUGCUGUAUAGGACUGGAACCACUGAAUGUUUCAGGACACGAUGAUUUUUGAUCGGCUCACCCAAGGCAGUGAUACAGACCUCAAAACUUGCCAGUUCGUUUCCUAGUGUACAUCUCUUGAAGGUGUAAGACGAACUUCAAUAGGAUGGCCCAUUUUUUUCACGACUUCGAACGAUUUCUCGCUCUCCCGCUAAUAAAAAGAAAAAAAUUCCAGGCAACUUCGAAGCUUUUUAAAUAUAGAUCUGGUUUUAAAAUAGAUAUAAAAUAGAAGUUUAUAAGAGAAAUUGUGCACAGAAUUUUGAAAUUUUUGUGUUUUUGAAAGGAACUAAGAGUUUUAGAAGAUAUGAUCAGCAAAAUACCUGGCUGAAGAAAGUAAAGCUAGGAAUCGUUUUAACACAUGUUCUAGUACAAAUAAAGAGCAAAAUAGGGUCGUGAUUUGUUCAAUGUGUAAAAAAAUUUGUUCAAUGUAUAAAAAUUUUUUUAGGGAGUUGCCAGAGCGAAAAUGCAUCGUAAUCUCAAAAUAUUCAAUUUUGAGCUCAAAAAAGUGCCGAAAAAGUUUUUUUCAGACUUUUUUUUCAGGGAACACUUAGAGGAUUAUGCCUCAUUCGGCUAUCGGACGUUGUGUUUUGCAAUGCGCACCAUUGAAAAAGUUUAUUUUUUCUGUAUUUGAAUAUCAUCUGUUGGUUUUAAUAGAGCGAAUAUGACGAGUGGGCGCCGAAAUACAAGCAAGCCUCGUUGGAAAUUGAAAAUCGCACGAAAAAGCUCGCCGACGUCGCGGAAAGUAUUGAACACGACUUGACGCUACUCGGUGCGACGGCCAUCGAAGACAAACUUCAGGAGGUUUUUCUUUCAAGAAUUUCUUAUUUUGAAGUCGAAAAUAUUUAAUUUUUGUUUUGAAAAGGCGGCGUGCGGGAUUUGCAGUGAAAAAGAGGUGUUUUGGCGCAUUGUUAGCGCUUAGGGAAUGAGACCCUGUUCUCACGAAAGAGUCCAACUAAGGCGAUUUACGUUUCUUUGGUGAUUUUUUUUUUCAAUUUAGUAUGAAUCAAAAAAACAAACGUUUUUUUAAAAAAAUUUUGUGUCGUUUUUUUGUUUUUGUACUGAAUCCACAGAAAAACGGUACACCAGUUUCUUUUUUUUUGAGAAUUUUUAAUGAAAAAUUAAUGAGAAACAAAAUGAACACCAAAAAAAAACCAGAAAAAUUGUUAUCACGUCAGGUUUGAGGAGAGAUCUCAUUCUUAAAUUUGUUUUAAUACGCCACAGUCUUCGAAAAGUGGUCAUUCUACCAUUAAACGAGUUUUUCCUUCUCUUUUCCUUUAAUACUCAUGGAAGCUUAGCUUCGUACCAUCUCCAUUUCAGUAUGUCCCGGAGACGGUGCAAGCCCUCAUGCAGGCGGAUAUGCGUGUCUGGAUGCUCACGGGAGAUAAGCGGGAGACGGCCAUUAACAUUGGUAAAGAAUAUAUUCGUCAAACCCCAACCAAGCGAUCCUUUCAAUAUUUGAAAGAUUGGCCUGACAGAGUUUUUGUUGAAGAUCAUUUUUGAAAGCAGAAAAAAAGCAAUUUUUAAAAGUAUUUGUUUGGUUAAGUGUUGGUUUUUGACGAAUCAUAGCGAUUUUGUAUUCUUAGUAUGUAUAUUCCAGCCCAUUCUUGCGCUUUGCUUCAUUCCAACACUGAGCUGUUGAUCGUCGACAAGCACACGUACGAGGACACCUACAGCAAGCUUGAACAGCUUGCCAGCCGAGCUGUCGACCUGGAAAAAGAGGAAAAGUGGGUAUUUGGAGGUAAAAAAGAACGAGGCGUGGAAAAGAGAAAACAAAUAUUUUUUUUCUUUUUUAAGGCUCUCAUAGUUUAAGCUAUUUAGAAGGUAACUUUCAUCAGCAUGUUCUUCCUCGCGUUCAGACAACUCUGAAUAAUAUCACUAACCUAGGCGCGUACGUUUAUUUGAAGAAAAAGGGAGCAAAAAGUAAACUCUGUCAGUUCAGGUUGGAGCAGAAAAGUCAAGAUAAAGUUGUAUGAAAUAGAAAAAAAAAUUUAGAAGAAGCUGUUGUUCAAAUGACCUUUCAGAAAAGGGAUUUGGGUUUCUCGAUCCCUAUUCCAGUUCUUAAGUGAAAAAUGCUAUUCGAUUUUUUUCCUCUCAUUUCGAAUCUUCCAACCGAAUAGAUUUUGAAGCUUCGAAAAAAAAAACAAAUUUUUAGGCAAUUCGCAAUGGUGAUUGACGGGAAGUCGCUGCUACAUGCGUUGACAGGCGAAUGUCGGCAGCAUUUCGGGAGCCUGGCCCUUCGUUGCCACGCCGUUGUCUGCUGUCGGAUGUCGCCGAUGCAGAAGGCCGAGGUGGUGGAGAUGGUCCGAUCCCUGGGCGACCACGUCGUGAUGGCGGUCGGCGACGGUGCCAACGAUGUCGCCAUGAUCCAGGCGGCCAACGUCGGCGUCGGCAUCUCUGGCGAAGAGGGUCUUCAGGCUGCGUCCGCUUCCGACUACGCCAUCCCUCGGUUCCAUUACCUCCGAAGACUUCUCUUAGUUCGUCUUUCUUUCCUUUCUUUCCGGGACUCUAUUUGUUGAGAAAUUGAAAAAAAAAGUGUUUCAAAGAUGUCCUCAAACGAAAAGAAAAAUGAAAUGAGUUCUACUAGGAGUUUGUCGAGCGAUUCGUAAAGUCUAUCCACAUUAUCUUCAUUUCUUAGGUUCAUGGCGCCUGGAACCACGAUCGAUCAGUGAAAGUGAUCCUCUACUCGUUUUACAAGAAUAUUUGCCUGUACAUUAUUGAACUUUGGUGAGUUUUGAAGAAAAAAAAAGAAAAAAAGGAUUGAAGUUGCAAAACUCUAAAUUUGACUUUAUUUUUCUUGUUCUCCAUUUUUCUCCAAAGGUUUUUUGGUUCAUUUCCGCGGAGCGCGUAUCUACCAGACUUUUCGGUUCACUUGGCUUAAGUUUUUUGAUCUCUUUUUAUUUAUUUCAAACCUUGCAAAUGAGGUCUUUUGACUUUGCGGUUGGGAUUUCCUUGAAAAUUUGCCGAAAACCUCUUUGAUGUACCAGAAAAAGCUCCUGAAAGUUUCAACUUGAACAACCCCCGGGUUUUCGAGAGAUGAGGGCUUUAAGUCCAAAAAUGGCGUAUUUUUUCCUUUCCAAUUUUCAGGAAAAUCCCAACCUCAGUCUGAAAAGACGAUCCUUUGGCCUAAAAGAUUUACAGAAAUAGAGAAGUUGAAAAAUUGGGAGAAUUUUCAUGACCUCAGAAAAAAAUGGUUUUUUUUAAUUCGCAUUUUGUUGAAGGUUCGCAAUUUUCUCAGCGUGGUCCGGCCAGACGAUCUUCGAGCGAUGGACGAUUGGAAUGUUCAACGUUAUUUUCACAGCUUGGCCGCCGGUGAUCCUCGGCCUUUUCGACCAUCCGGUGCCUGCUGAGCAGAUUUUAAAGUUCCCAGCCCUCUAUAGCAGUUUUCAGAAACGAGCAUUCAGCAUAGGGGUACUGUAUUAAUCCUUGAAAUUAAAAAAAUUUUUUGUUUUUUCCAGAACUUUUGCCUUUGGAUUGGCUUGGCGAUCGUACAUUCAUUGUCGUUGUUCUUCCUCUCAUAUGCUUGGCUUGAACAUCAGGUUUUUUUUCUUUUCGCAAAAUAAUCUAUUUGAAUCGAGUGGUCCGAUCUUUGGAAAAGUCGGAAAAUUUUCGAAAAUAAAGACUUUAACAUUUUUCAAAAUUCGUAGUUUUUACGCCUUUCUUAUGUACGGUUCUCUGAUAAUCAACAUCAGUAAGACUUAUUUUAAUGAAGUUUUCGUGGUAUGAAAAAAAAGCCAGCGAAUUUUCAAACGGCGAUUUUUUCGAUUCUUUCAUAUCGCUUGGGAAUUUUCCGACUGAGAAGUUUCCGACUUUUUUUUCCCGUGUAUUGUUCGGGUCAUAAAAGAUCUAUUAACAUGUUUUUUUCCUUUUUCUUCGUGUUUCAAGCAUGAAUCAACUAUCUAUUUUAUAUUCGACAAUUCAAAACGAAAAGAUUAUAGAGAAAAAAAAGUCGGAAAAGGAAUAGUCGGAAAUUUCUCAGUCGGAAAGUUCCAUAGCGUUAUGAAAAAAUUGGAAAAGUCGCCGUAAAAUUUGCUGGCUUUUUUUUCAUACCUUCAUAUUUUCAGAUUGUCUGGAGCAACGGACGUUUCGGCGGAUGGCUGAUGCUCGGGAAUUGCGCCUACACGGUUUUCGGGACCUUAAUCAUUUGUGAUGACCGCUUCCUUUGCAGUUUGUGGUCGUGACGGUUUGUCUGAAGGCUCUCCUCGAGUGCGACUCCUGGUCUUGGCCGAUUAUCGUCGCUUCUUUCGGCUCAGUCGUUCUUUGGCUUCUUUUUAUCGUCGUAUACGCGCUGGUGAGCAGGGUUUUCAGCUAUUUUCAAAAAUAAAGGAUGGUAUUUCGAAGGAAAGGUUUCACUUUCCAGUUUUGGAGACGAAGAUAUGAUUUUUUUUUUCCAAAGAGACUUCCAGCGCUUUUUUUUUCGAAAUAAAUGUAAUUACAAGAACAAAAGUGAUAAAACUCUUUUUUUUCAUAAUUCUUUGCCCGUCUUCAUUCCAAUGCAAAAAAAAAUUCUGAACCAUAGGUGUUCCCGACGAUUUCGACGAAAAUAGGCAGCGACAUCGCCGGAAUGGCCUACAUCAUGAUGUCGUCCUGGUCAUUUUGGUUCGCCUUACUUUUCAUCCCGGUGGCGACGCUCAUGUGGGACCUUGUCAUCAAAAGGUUCGAUCUUCUUCGGGGUAAAAAAGUGAUCCGGAUUGAAAGAAAGCAAAAGAUGAAAUGAUAUUUAACAAGAAAAGCUAAUAAAUAGUAACGAACGUCAUCCUCUGGCCUUGGGCCUUACGCCCAUCAGCAGGAGGGGAAAACUCCUAUUCCAGAAAAGUCUGUGGAUGGUUCUAGACUAAAUCCACCACGCUGAAGCUAUCUGUCAUAAUCAAAAAUUUCUAGGAAAGCUCCUUCAUUUUUUCAGUCGUUUGAAAUGUUGCGAAAACUGCUGUUCGUCAAUUAUUCACUUUUUCAGUUUUUCACUAUUUUUCCCGUAAUCUAUCUUUUUUAUUACAUCUGUAGACGAUUUUUUUGAAAAAUUUGGACAACACGUUAGUUGAAAAGAAAUUAAGCCCUCAUGGAAGAUGAAGAAUAAAUUUUCAGUCUGUUCACGAUUGCUCUGCCGACCCCUCGCGAGCUGGCUGUGAUGUACGCAAAGCGGAACUCCUCACCAACUGGAUUCGAACGGUUAGCAAGGUUUGUUAUCUUUUGUGUUUCGCGUGUCCCCCACACACACACGAACUAUGGUUUUUAUUAAUUUCUCUUUCUCUUUUUCGCCCAAGACACAUUCAAAUCAAAUAAGUUGGUCGAAUUCAGUCCACUCGGUUUUGUUUUUGUUGCAGUCACAAUGCAGGGGUCUAACUCUAACUGUGUGAGUUUUGCAACAAUACUUUCUCAUUAUCAAAUAAAAGUGUUUCCUUUCGUAGUCAUUGCGGUGGUGGUGUCGAUAGUGAUUCAUUUUGUGUAGACUUUUUCUGAGUGUUCAAUGUGCCUUUUUUUUCGCUUCUCGUGAAUGUCUUUCUGUCCGUACUAGCACUCUGUCCUAAAUAACCUAAAAAAAACUCGAUAGUUUGCUGGGUUUGGGGAGUUUUUUCCGAUACCUGUUUAAGCUAAGGAUUGAUCGGAAAUUUCAGAAGCGACCGUUUAGACGAAAAAAAAAGUCGAUGUUUCAAUUUAUUUUUACUGAUAGCUGAGGAAACUGAAAAUAAAAUCGGAAAGGCUCUACUAAAUUUGAUUGCGAAAACUUCAAUUUUGGCACGUGCUCAAAGUAAAGUUUAAAAAUAUUUUUAUUGGUCGCUAUUAAAUUGGAUAAAAAAUCGUUGAUUUUUGUCAGAGCGCACUUGAUAAAGAGUAUUGCAAAAAAUAGCUACUGCACGGUGCUGUAACAACUGCAACCCACCCUUUGAGAAGUUGGGGAGGACUCUAGACGGACAAGAAAUCCUGAAGCGAUCACUUGAGAGCUUAGCAUUGAAGUGUUCACUUUAGCAAAUACCCAACUUUUUCUGGCCUUUUGAAGAUUUCUAUUGAGGGAAGAAUGUAAGCUUUUUCAUUGUGGACUUCAAAAGAGCAAGUAAGUAGCCACUCGUCGCUUUUGGAUUGGAGGAAUUUCAAGGGAAUAGGGGCCGCUCUGCUUUUUCACAGUUAUUUUUCGGCUUUUAAUGGUUGAAAAAACUUCAAGUGGUCACUUCAAGAUUUCUUUUUCAAAGAACUUAUCAUUAUAGGGUGCUCUUCAACUUUUCAUGGGCGUGUGAGCGAGAGAGGGAGAGAGAGAGAGAUUUUGGCAUGUUCAGCGUGCUGGCGGCGGACCAAGGGCGCCGGAAGUCGCUGGUGUUUCCUCGAAGCACGAGUGGCUCAUCGUCAAGAAGACGUCGUCACGGACGCCCUGAGAAGUCGGCGGCGUCGUCAGUGCGGUCACGUCUCCGGGGCUACGACAACAAAGGCGCCGAGUACGGUAGCACGGAGAUGUCGACGGUCUCCAACGGUGCGCCGCAGGAUCGACAGAGGGUCCAUCCCAAAGAUUCUCGGAGGGACGCCGAUACAGCUAAUCAGGCGAACGUAACGCGUAUCGUCGUCAAUGCUGACGAGGAUUGA